AACCGAAAAAGCUUCUCAACCUUGGCCUUAACUUAUUGUCAUUAUUUUGAAUAGAACACAAGCGCUGUACCUUUAUACGUGUAUAAAGUUUAUUAUGUAAUAUAAUGUAAUAUUAUGUAAUAUAAAUAUAUAAUGGAUUUCUCUUCUUAAUAAUAUAAAUAGAACAUGUCUAUCAACAUGUCUAUCAACUUUCUCGACACGACUAUCAUUAGAAAUAACGAAAACCUUUUAACAAACUGGUUCCGUAAACCUACGUUUUCCGGCCGCUAUAUCAAUUUUUACUCCAACCAUCCAAUUAAAUAUAAAACUAAUAUUAUAACGAAUCUAGUCGACCGAGCCAUUUUAUUGUCAGACGAGCGGUUUCAUGAUUCCAAUAUUGACACAGUUAAAGACAUCCUAAAGAACAACUGCUUCCCAGCGCACAUUAUAGACAAAUUUAUCAAAAAAAGACUCAAAGAGAUAAAAUACUGCGAAGUUAUACCUAGUUCCAAUAAGGAAAAGAAUCAGUUCCUACACAACAAGCACAUAGUUACAGUUCCUUACAUACAGAACAUAAGUAACAAUAUUAAAAAUAUUUUAAACGAUAGAGGUUUCUACACUAUAUUUACCAUCCCUAAGAAACUAAACUGCAUCAUCAAAACAGGGAAAGAUCCUCUCGACAAACUCAAUGAAAAAGAAUUGAUUUACAAAAUUGAAUGUAAGGAUUGUGACGCUUGUUAUGUAGGACAAACGAAACGACACCUAAAAACACGUAUAAAAGAACAUGAAGCCAACAUCAAGAGAGAACACAGUGCACACUCAGUGGUCAGCCAACACCGUGAAACUCUACAUCAUGAUUUCAAUUGGUUGAACACUAAAAUAUUACAUACGGAGAAACACACAAAGAAACGAGAAAUCGCUGAAAUGAUCUUCAUAAAGAAAGAAAACAAGUCUAUUAAUUUACAGAACGACACGGACAACCUUUCCAAGAUAUACGACAAGAUAAUACGAAUUUUAUAAAUAUUAACGUCCGUUCGUGCUCUCCUCCUUGUCAUUACAGUCUAAACCAUGGAAGUGUGCGCUGUGAUCGUCUCGAGAUACUCUCAGAUGUACGGACACAUGGAUCCUGCUCGUUACUCGAAUCCAAAGAACCGAAUUAAAUAAUUGACGAACAUUACGUAUAAGACUUAUUGCUGCCACAAUAACUUGUUAUCCGUAAAUGCUCGUCUCUUAAACUAACCUGAAGAGGACUGCGAUUGGCAGUCGAAACGUUGUUAAUUUGAUAAAUUAAAUAUAGCCAGUUAUGUCGAAACAAUGGAUUGAUUAUAAAUAGAACAAUUCUUAUGUCUUUGUACGUGUAAAGCAAUAAUAUUUAGUGAUGAUGCUUUUCAAAAGGUAUAUGAAUGCUUGAAGAUAAGCAAUUAUGAAAAAUCGUCGAAAAUUGACAUGGAAUCGAUCAUAACUCGAAAACUAUU